CGCCUCAUCCCUUCCACCUACCAAUCACUGCCGACGAUGAGCAGCUUAUCAUCUUUCCUUGUCCCCAAGGGCUCCAAGGCCGUAGACUCCGAGCUCGACGCUCUGUUCAAGAAUGCAGUGCCGAUGAAGCCUGAGGCGCCUCAGCCAUCGAAGACGGAUGCAUCUACAUCGAAGGCGGAUCCAUCUGCGACAGCGAAGGCCGACAAGGCCAGCGCACGCAUCUCAUCUGCGGACAAGAAGGCGAAGAAACGCAAGGCCGCGGAACCAGAGCCAGAGCAACCCACACCAAAGCGCUCGAAGGCCGAGAAAAAGUCCAAGAAGCAGGCUGCUGCUGUCGCCGCCGAGGACGCUGUUGACGAUGACGAACUUAUACCCUCUGCACCUACCACCACAUCUACACCUGCUGAUUCCGCCGAGGAAGCAGAGAACGACGCCAUGGACGAAUCUCCCGACUCGUAUACCCCACCCACGCACAUAUCCGCCACUACUUCCUCGAACCCUAAACACCCCAAAAAGCGCACCAAGUUCGCGCCGGAAGAGGAGACGCCUGAGAUGCGCGAUGCUCGAACGCUGUUUGUAGGGAAUGUGCCCGUCGAGGUGAUGGGAAAGAAGCCCCUUAUCAAGUCACUUCAACGCCAUCUUCUUUCAGCCGUACCGAACGCUCGCGCAGAGUCGAUCCGCUUCCGCAGCGUCCCCGUGCCGGUGAAGACAAAGGAGGAUGAGGCUAAGGAGAAGGCUGAGAAAGAGCCUGGCGAGAAGCUCGACCCCAAGGGCAAGCGCGACGCGAUCGCCAAAGCCGCUGCCAAGGGACGUCAGGACGUUCGCUCCUCCACCAACCACGCCAACACCCGCACCUCCGCCUGGCGCGCGAACCAGAACGACGACGACGAUGCCACCGCACUCGCGAAGACCUACCUGACCCCCGCGGAGAAGAAGAGGAUCGCGGCGAUCACGGGCGACCUUGGAGAGAAAGCUAACUCCGUCACGGCGUACUUGGUACUGGCGCACCCUGCGCCGCGUCCUGCGAAUCUUCCGCCGCUACCCACUGCGGACCCAUACCAGGCGGCGAUUCAGAUAGCGGCGAAGAUGGAUGGGGUGGAGUGGGAGGGGAGGGCUCUGCGCGUCGACCUCGCACGGAGGGAUCCUGCGGUGUUCGCCGCCGUCGGGGCUUCUUCCGCUGCCGCGGGCAGUUCAUCGGCUGGCGAUGCACCUGCAGCUGAAGGCGAAGCGACGAAGACAACUAUCGCAGAGACCCCAGUUGACCUCACCGCCCUCCUUCCCGAUCCGAAGCGCACGCUCUUUGUCGGGAACCUCGAUUACGGCGCGAAGGAGGACGAUGUGCGAGCGUUCUUUGAAGCUGAGGUUGACAAGCUUGUCAACGAGACGGUGAAUGACAGCGACGAUGAGAACAGCUCGUCGCAGGCGUCAGACGACGAGAGCGGUGAAGAAGAGGAUGAAGAAGAUGAGGAAGAUGAAGCAGCGGACGAUGAAGAGGAUGAAGAGGAAGCGGAGAACGACGAAGAGGAAGGCUCAGAAGCUGGGUCAGACGCAGAGGAGACCGAGACGCCCGCCAAACCCUCGAGCACCACCCACCACGUCUCGCGUGUCCGCAUCGUGCGCGAUUCAUCUACCGGCGUCGGCAAAGGCUUUGCAUACGUGCAGUUCGUGGAUCGCACCCCCGUCGACGAGCUCCUCGCCCUCCCCGCCGGCAGCCUCAAGUUCGCCAAGCGCAAGCUCCGCGUGCAGAAAUGCAAGACUGUCCCCGGCGCCAGCACGAAGGUCAAAGCCGACAAGGUUCCCAAAGCCAACAUUGGCGAAAAGGGAGGCAAGACCAAGACCCCCGCCCACACCAGCAAACCCAAGUACGCGCGCUCGCCCGACUCAGGGUGGGGUGCGCGGGCUGGAGCUGGUCCCUUGGCUUCCGCUGCAGGCAAGCAUGCCCCGGGUGGCAAGCAGGCGCCGAAAAAACCUGUUGUUGUGCCGUCGGGCGAUCCUACGCUGGGUAGCCGACUAGCCGGGCUCCCCAAGGAUGCGCGCAAAGCUGCGAAGGCAGCGGACGCGGCACGCGUAGCGAGGAGAGCGGCGAAGAAGGCGGCGAAGAAAGGCGCACCCGCGGCUCCCAAUGCAGACGCCAACGCAGCAAAGGCCGCCCGGCUCGAGAAACGCAAAGCCCGCAUGGCAAUGGGCGGCAAGAUGGAGGGCAAGGAGCGUGUCAGAGUACGGAAGGAAAGAGAUCCUUCAGGAGGCAAGUCCGCAAAGAAGGCCGGCAAGGCGAAGUACAAUAAGGCUGGUGGCUCGGGAAAAUCCAGCGGCAAGGACAAGAAACGCGCACGGGCGGCGGCCGGGAAGAAGUAGGCGGAAUGUUGUGGAGGGGCUGGCGAUGCGGAAAACGGCUUUACGAGUACCUUUGGUAUCCGCUCAAGUUUCCUUUUUCCUCUUCGCAACAUCCUCUCCUACAGGAUUCAGGAUCGCGAUUCACAAUAUUGCGCAUCGUAGCCCCGGUAUCAUGACAUUAGCUGCAUCGAAAGUAUCUAGCAUCAUCCUUCCUUGUUGCCAGCUUUCUCUACCAGCCUUGCUUCUACUCGUCUACUGAUUCCUCUUCUUCGCGCCUCUUCUCCCCCUUGACAAUCUGCCUGAUUCUUUGUUUUCCCUCCUCCUUCAUCUUCGCCUGUUCUUCUCCUCGCGUCCGGGCUAUAUCAUAAGACGUGGCUGCCGAACCUGCACGGGCACCCCGUCUUACUAUCUUGGAAGUGGGUGGUACUGCGGCGCCGCGGUAGCAUUCGUCAAGGGCG